AUGAGUGGUCAACUUCCGACAUUACCUGCGGAGCUGCUCUCACUUGUCUUCGAGCACGCCGACCGAGGGUCGUUGAGCCGAAUAGCCAGAUGUUCGCGAUACCUUUACGAAGUGGCCGCGCCGUUUCUCUACCGUCAUAUCGAGCUCGCUGGCCUCACUUCCAAGACCCAGUCCGUUGGUCGUGUCACGGCAGUGGCCACGCUGCUACUGCGGAGGCCGGACCUCGCGUCGUGCGUCCGACACUGCAGGUUCAUCCCGGGAGCACGCUACUCUUGGGGUAACCUGGAUCCUGAGAUUGACGUCUCGGAGGAGACCGCGGAUCAGGAUCUGGAGGCACGCCUCGGGGAGGUCGUCUCACAGAGCUCGCACGCGGCCUCAGUGAAAGAUGCGAUCACUGCGGCGAGCCAUUCGACGCGGGAGCACAUAGAUUGGCUUAAAAAGGCCGAGCCUGACGUCAAAGGCGCCUGGCAUGAAGACAGUCUGCUGGCGCUGGUCCUUCCGCGAUUGAGCAACCUCGAGACUCUACGACUGGACCACUUUGCAUGCGAACGUACUCGCCAGAUGCUGCUGCGGGUUGCUGGCGGCGAGAAGCCGUUCGAUGCCAAGCCAGCACUGACGCGACUGGAAUACAUUGUGUUCCAUGCAUCUCGCGAUGUGUGGAUGGAGUAUGGCCGCCUUUUUACCCCGGUCUUCCUGAUUCCUUCGGUGAGGGCGAUCUACCACAGCGCCUCGACGACGAAGCCCGGUUCGCAUGAGUAUAAUGAGCAAGGCAUUCCGGACAAGGUUCUCGCGGACUCCAGUCCCGGUAGCUCAGGGUGUACGCAUCUCGAGUUGCACGCCUGCAGGCUCAGCGCGGUUGACAUGCGCAACAUGCUCGCGAAGCCCAAGGGACUGGAGACGUUCAUCUACACGGUAGCCCCACCAGUCGAGCAUGCUCCGAUCGCUGUCAGCUACCCAGCACUGUGGCGGGCGCUGCUCCUCCAGAGCGAGACUCUUGAGAAUAUAUGGAUCGACGAUUUUCGUCGCGAAGGGUGGAUCGAAUUGGAUGAGGACGACUACGACCCCAUCAGGACCUUCAAGGACUUCCCUCGGCUCAAGCGGCUUCGCAUACCCGAUGACAACUAUUUCUCAGCAAGCCUCGAUAACCUUACUGGCGGCGACGACGACCUCGGCGGAGGCAAUUUCGAAGAUGGUCUGACGGCGUUACCGGCGGGCCUCGAGGUGCCAUGGUGCCUUUGGAAGGACUUCUAG